UUCAUUGAGAAGCUCGCACAGACUCUGCUCUCCUGAAACAUCCCAGCUCACAUUUCUGCAGAGAGGUUUUUGAUUAUACCUGGAACUUCUCUGCCAAAAUGUGCCUUUUCAGAGCGGCCCUGCUGCUUGCUGCACUGGAUUUUAUUUCCUGUGCCAAAUUUCUCGCACCAUUAAACAUGGGAGGAGUCACAGGCCAAGUGCAGUUUGACUCCGACAACCAGAUAGCCACCUUAAAUGUAACAGGUGUAGGAUCGUGCACUGCAGUAAACAUUUCCCUCACUGUGUUCCCCCUCAUGUUCGGCCACUUUGCUCAACCCUGCUCUGAGGCAAACAUUGGUGUCAGCGUCUUCAACUUCACUGCGAAUCCUUCAUCUGCCUCUGCCAUCAAUGUGUCACUUCUCUUUCAACAAAAAUCAAACUUGGAUGACCUGUCACUGUCUUUGGAGACAUGUAACGGCAUUAAAGUAUGCACAGUUGUAAGUCAAGGUCAGACACGACUGACUCACCAGGCGAGAUUCACAGACUCUGUUGCUGGUAACAUUUACAUACGUGCUAAUGUAAAUAAUGCCAACCCUAGGCUUCUUGCUGACCUAGUGACUAUUGGUCAGGUGAAUGCCCCAGAAACCAGCAUCAUCAUCUUUGGAUCCACAAGUACAGAAAUUAAUUGUGACAUACUGGUUGAAAGCUUAAAUCCACAAACUUUAACAAAUCUGGGCAGUGUGAAAGUUGGAAACCCUCUCAGACCUCAGAAAUCUCGUUUGGAUUUUAGUAGCUUUACAGAGUACUCGUAUCUUCUCCUCAGGGUGGGGUCCAAUUAUAAGUGUGCUCAGAUUUACAACAUGCCAGAGAAAGAAGUGAGAUCUGUUGUGAAUAUGAGAGGAAUCAGUGGAUAUUUCAACUUCCGCCAGGCUUCACCGUUUGACGUGACACAGUUUAGUGUGAAUCUGACAAACUUGAGGAAAUUAGUUGGCCCCUACCACGUCCAUAAUUUCCCCGUCCCUUCAGUCAGGUCAGGCCAAUGUUCAAAUGAUAAUGUGGGUGGUCACUGGAAUCCGUUUGGAGUUGACACAACUUCUCCAACAUACCCUGCAGGGCCUGGAUCAACUCAUGACAAGUAUGAGACAGGUGACCUGAGUGGCAAACACAUGUCUCUUUCUGGUAGAAGUGCAUUUGAUAUGACAUUCACUGAUUUCAACCUUCCUCUGUUUGGACAGAACAGCAUUGUAGGUCGCUCAGUUGUGAUUCACCUGGUCAAUGGUGAUAGGUAUGCGUGUGCCAGCAUAGGCUAUCCUAGUGCAGUCACAGUAGCCAGUGCCAUAUUUCAGACCCCUGUGGUGGGAAAGAUGAUCUUUACUCAGUUGAUAAACAAUCCCUUGUCAGAUGUGUCCAUCUUUAUGGAUCUGUCAUACGGAGAUCCCACAACAACACCGACCCAAAACCAUAACUGGCACGUUCAUGAAUUCCCCAUUAGCUCAGAGAGGGACGAUGAUAAAGGGAGGUGCGUCACAAAGGAGGCCAUUGGAAUCCUUUAA